GGGGGGGGAGGAGAUGAGGUGACCAGGGUGUGGGUUUGACACUGGCACGAAAGAUCGCCUCAGCGAGUCUCUCGCUUUCUGAAGAUUGGCGGACUCAAUCAUACAAUUUCACUCAAAGCUGAAGCACUAAACUGUAUUCCGAUGAGCUUAGGCCGGUUCUCAAGGUUGUCCAUGAUGACAGGCAGAAAUGUCCAAGCUGCUGUAAACAUGACAACAGGUGUUUUAAAAUAUUCGACACUGCAGGGUUCCAGCUCCAAGCUGGCCGGCAAAGUAGCCAUCGUCACCGCUUCAACCGAUGGGAUUGGAUUUGCAAUUGCUCGUCGUCUUCUUAAAGAUGGUGCCAGUGUUGUUGUUUCAAGCCGCAAGCAACAAAAUGUUGACGAUGCAGUAAUGAAACUUCAGACUGAGGGUCUUAAAGCGGUCAGUGGAAUUGUGUGUCAUGUUGGGAAGAAAGAUGAUCGAACUAAGCUGUUUGAUGAGGCUGUAAAUAAAUUUGGUGGACUAGAUAUUUUAAUAUCAAAUGCUGCUGCUAAUCCAGCUGUUGGUGCUGUUUUAGAUUGUGAUGAAGAUGCAUGGGACAAAAUUUUUGAUAUAAAUGUUAAGUCAGCAUUCCUGCUGUCCAAAGAAGCUCUCCCUCUUCUUCGUAAGCGUGGUGGUGGAUCAAUAGUUUAUGUGGCUUCAAUUGCUGGUCUACAACCCUUUCCGGUUCUCGGGGCCUAUUCAGUUAGUAAGACAGCAUUACUUGGUUUAACGAAGGCUGCAGCUCAGUCUCUGGCAACUGAAAACAUUCGUGUUAAUUGCCUUGCUCCAGGAAUAAUAAAAACACGCUUUGCUCAAGCUAUAACUGAUCCUGAUGCAUCUCGCGAUAUUGCUCUUCAAUCUAUUCCCAUGCAAAGGUUUGGUGUGCCAGAUGAAAUGGGUGGUGUGGUGGCAUUUUUGUGCUCUGAAGAUGCUGCAUAUAUUACAGGGGAAACCAUUGUUGCUUCAGGUGGUAUGCAAUCCAGAUUGUAAUUGUUGUACUUAUUCAAAAUUAAUAUCUUAUCAUGGCAAAAAGUUUGAUUGAUUAAAGUUUUUAAGAGAAGAUUCUUUAUAAA